UAUGGAUCGUAUUUACUUUACGAAGCCAAGUGAUAGCAUUCUACAUAAAAUGCAAAAUAACAAAGUGGAACAAAUCUCCACUAAUUUCACUGCCGAGAGUAUUGUAGCUCCUACUCUCAACACUUUCUUUCUAUUACAAAAAGAUCACGAGCCCCUUAUUGUGUUUGGUGAUCUUAAUCAGAAGGGAAUUCAUUUAUAUUACGUAAAAAGCAAAAUUUAUGAGAAAAUUCCUGUCUAUUGGAAUCAUUAUGCAAUUGCCACUGAAUAUGAUUCAAAAACGGAUCAAAUUAUCUGGAUGGAUUCCAUUGCAGAUAAGAAUCUCCAUCUUAUAUACAGAAUAAAUAGGAAAACCUUAACUGCUUUUCACAUUGCAGCUCACCCGGACAAAAACAGUGGAGGUAUCGCUCUGAAUAAAGAAGGAAUACUAUAUUAUGCGGCUGGACAAUACAUUAGUUACCAUCAUAUUAAUAAAAAACCAGACAAACCGUCAAAGAAAUUUGAUGAUUUAACUAAUGUAAAAGCUAUAGCAAUUGACGAACAAAACAACUAUUUAUACCUUGUGGAUUCUCCUGUAUCGAGCAUUCAUAGAUCAUCUAUUACAAAUAAUCUGUUGUCACACAGCGAUACUAAAAUACUUUCUGACGGCUUGGCAACAGUCUCAGGAUUAGUAUUUGGCAGUGAGAGAAAUAUAUUCUAUUUCACCAACACACUAAAUUCUUCUCCAGUCAUCGGAAAAAUUGAGAAAUACAAUUUAAAUGAUAGCAGCAGAAGUGUCAUUUUCGAGAAAGCACAUUGGAACAUUUAUGGUAUUACUAAAAACCCUAUAGCAGAAGAACUUUACUUUUCAGUAACAGAUAAACCAGAUAACACCAUAAGUGCCAUUCAAGUUUUGAAAAUACCUGAAAAUUUGAAUGAAGGAUUAGAUUCACUAAAGCUUGGGCAGUUUAAAGAUGUUCGGGGAAUCGUUUGUGGACUUACACCUGAAGUUGACUCGGAGAAUGACGAAAACGAAACUAAGUCAUCAAAAAAUAAUGCAGGUCUCAUUGGAGGCGUUGUUUCGGCUGCAGUAAUUGUUUUGUUGAUUACUAUAGCUAUUACCAUUUACUGUUUGAAAAAGAAACCGCUAAAACCGAAUGAGCGAGCAGUCGCAUAUGCUCAGUCAGUUGCUAGUGGUGGUAAUGAUAACGUAACUGUGAUCACAAGCGUAACUGGUAUUUCUGGGAUCUCUCAAACACACGAUUACAAGGGUGCAGCUCAAUUUGGCUAUGUGAAAAUGCCGUCAGAUGAGGCUUCCGUAUCCGGACGUAGUAUAAAAUAUUGA